GAAACCGGGCUCGGUAUGGUCACCUUGGGCUUGAUCAAGCAACCGCACAGCCCAACUCCGUCGCAUCACCCACAGUACUCGCCAAAACGGCGGCGUCAUCGCAGAGUGCACGCCACUGUCUUAUCAUCAAUCGUCACUGUGCCCACCUCCCACUCACCCCACCGACGCCGUAAGGCCCGAAGCGAAGAAACACGGCAAAGAAAACUAACAACUCUCAGCAGUCUCUCUCGUUUUCUUCCUCCGCCAACUGGAAAUUCUUUUAGGGAAAUGGUGUUGAAGGUCCAACAAAGUGAGGGGAAAAGGAGGUCAGCAAGGUUAAGCAGCAUAAACUCGGAGGGAAAGAGAAUCGUUUCAGUAAAGAAGACUAAAACCAAGCAGAAGAAGAAAAGUGCUAGACUUGAUUCCAAGAUACCGAAGAAACCGCCAACUGCUUUCUUCUAUUUCUUGGAGGAUUAUCGUAAGGAUUUUCAAGAGCAAAAUCCAGGUGUCAAGCAAAUGCGUGAAAUUGGAAAGGCGGGUGGAGAGAAGUGGAAUACAAUGGCAUAUGAGGAAAAGGUUCAAUAUUAUGAUAUAGCCACGGAGAAACGAGCUGAGUUUGAGAAGGCCAUGGCAGAAUAUGCACAAAGAAAGGAUAGUGGGGAGGAUGAAGAAACCGAGGAUGAUGAAGAGGAAGAUUGGUCUGACUAAGAAAUCAUGUUUUCGUAUGGUGGAUGUAGUUGUAUACAAUUCAUAGGUCCUGGUCGUGUGUCUUUGUAAAACCGCCCAUGCCUGUAUCAUUCUUGUCUAUAUCUGUUCACAAUUCGAUUUUAGUAGCGAGAAUUCAGAUUUUAACAGUUGGGUUUGUACUUUAUUUAAUGGAAGAUGACAAGUCUAAACCUUAUUAACUGUCCCCAGGAAUUUGUAUCGAAUAACUCAUUUUUGACUCAUGUUCUUGAUUCAUAACAUUUUUCGGUCAA